AUGGCUCAUAUAUCCGAAACUCAGUCGCAAUGGCUGUCUCAGCUAGCUGCCAUGCGCCAGGCUAUCGCCGAUCUUAAGCUUCCCAAAGAGCUUCCCCACGAUACAACCGGCUAUGGGAGCGACUUGGAUUUGGACAUCGACGAGGACUACUCCUCACCCGGGACAGUCGACGAUGUCUGGGACAUUAUCAGCUCCGAUGAUGAAACAACCGACGACAUCGAUGAUGUGAACGACACUCCUUUCUCGCAAACUUUACCCUACGAUCGACUUUGGCUCGAGGCGAAAUGUCAAGAACUGGCAGCUCGCUCGAGCAUGGAUGCAGCAGAGCUCAGCCAGCAGAUUAUCGCUACUCUUGCGGCGGCUGAAAGUGAUGACACCGAGUUGCAAAUGUCGCUCGCUGAGAUUGUGGGCUUCGAAGAUUUGGAUCUGGUCAUCGAAUUGAUUGCGCAUCGCGGGGAAAUUCUGUCCGACGAACCACACAGCGUGGAGGCACAAACAGAUGGAUUAGCGGCUGGAAAGCUUCUGACCCGCGCGGAAAGAGAAGAAGCUUUGUGGCAGCGGGAUUUUGAGCAUAAGAAUGCCGCGCUCAUGCCAGCACAGAGUCGAUCGGAACCCGUUUACCCACAUGUUUUCAAGCAGCACACCGCUGGAAAUCUUCUCUCUGCCAGUGGCAGAAAAUACGGCCUACCACUUGGCAGCACCCAUAUCGACGAGCCCAAGUAUGAGGAAUAUGAAAUUCCCGCCCAAAAAGUUGGGUCGUUGGCGAGAAGCGUGAAGUUAGUGGAGAUUGCUAGCUUGGACGGUCUUUGUCGCGGCACAUUCAAAGGCUACAAAAGCCUCAAUCGAAUGCAGAGCUUGCUUUAUGAAGUCGCCUACAAGACAAGCGAGAACAUGCUCAUUUGUGCUCCUACCGGUGCUGGUAAAACCGAUGCUGCCAUGCUCACCAUUCUCAACGCGGUCGGGAAAAACACAGCUCCCAAUCCACUAGAGCAACCCGAUGCAACUGAGUUCACAGUACAAGUUGAUGACUUUAAAAUUGUUUACGUCGCCCCAAUGAAGGCUCUGGCAGCCGAAGUAACAGACAAGCUGGGCAAAAGACUAGCCUGGCUGGGAAUCAAAGUCCGUGAACUGACUGGAGACAUGCAGUUGUCUAAGCGAGAAAUCGUGGAAACCCAGAUCAUUGUUACAACGCCCGAGAAAUGGGAUGUCGUGACACGGAAAAGUACCGGAGAUACCGAGCUCGUUCAAAAGGUGCGCUUGCUUAUUAUUGAUGAGGUACACAUGCUUCACGAUGAGCGAGGUGCCGUCAUUGAAUCUCUAGUUGCUCGUACGCAACGGCAAGUUGAGAGCACGCAGUCUUUGAUUCGCAUUGUGGGUCUGUCUGCCACCCUACCCAAUUACGUGGAUGUUGCCGAUUUCUUGAAAGUCAAUAAGAUGGCUGGUCUGUUCUUCUUUGACGCGUCUUUCCGACCCGUGCCACUCGAGCAGCAUUUCAUAGGUGUCAAGGGCAAGGCUGGAUCAAAGCAAUCUCGAGAAAACAUUGAUGUUGUCGCUUUUGAAAAAGUGCGUGAUAUGCUGGAGAGAGGGCAUCAGGUGAUGGUUUUUGUACAUUCUCGAAAGGAUACUGUCAUGACAGCACGCAUGAUGAAGCAACUGGCCGCGGAAGACGGAUGUGAGGAUCUUUUCAGUUGCCAAGAUCAUGAGAACUAUUCUUCGGCAUUGAGAGAUAUGAAGCAUGCUCGAGCGCGUGAGCUUCGAGACCUUUUUACCAGUGGAUUUGGAGCCCAUCAUGCUGGUAUGAGUCGCAGCGACCGUAAUCUUAUGGAGCGCAUGUUCGGUGAGGGUCUGAUCAAGGUUCUCUGCUGUACUGCCACGCUCGCAUGGGGUGUCAAUCUUCCCGCUGCGGCAGUUGUCAUCAAGGGUACCCAGCUGUACAAUCCCCAGGAAGGUAAAUUUGUGGACCUCGGCAUUCUUGAUGUUCUGCAAAUUUUCGGUCGAGCUGGUCGUCCCCAAUUCCAGGAUACGGGUAUUGGCUUCAUCUGUACCACACAAGAUAAGCUACAGCAUUAUCUAUCUGCAGUGACUUCCCAGCAACCGAUUGAGUCCCGUUUCUCCAGUCGAUUAGUUGAUAAUCUGAAUGCCGAGAUUUCGCUCGGCACAGUCACCUCCGUUCCUGAGGCAGUACAAUGGCUUGGUUAUUCAUAUCUAUUUGUGCGAAUGAAACGAGAACCUCGUCACUACGGUAUUGAGUAUGCUGAGCUUCGUGACGACCCGAUGCUUGUUCAGCGACGCAGACAGUUGAUCAUUCAAGCUGCGCGAACUCUCCAAACGAGUCAGAUGAUCAUCUUCAAUGAGAAGACCGAGGACCUGAAAUCGAAAGAUGUCGGACGCAUUGCCAGUCAAUACUAUGUGCUUCAGACCAGUGUCGAGAUAUUCAACACUAUGAUGCGCCCACGUGCAGGCGAAGCAGAUGUCCUCAAGAUGAUUAGUAUGAGUGGUGAAUUUGACAAUAUCCAAGCCAGAGAUUCGGAGUCAAAGGAACUACAGCGGCUUCGAGACGAGGUAGCCCAGACAGAGGUUGAAGGUGGUAAUGACUCGCCGCAUGCCAAGACCAACAUUUUGCUCCAGUCGUAUAUCUCACGUGCUAAGCUCGAGGAUUUCGCCCUGGUAUCCGAUACUGGAUAUGUGGCUCAGAAUUCAGCUCGUAUUUGUCGAGCUCUCUUCAUGAUUGCCUUGAACCGCCGAUGGGGUUAUCAGUGUCAGGUCCUUUUGUCAUUGUGCAAGUCCAUUGAAAAACAAAUUUGGCCAUUUGACCAUCCAUUCCGUCAGUUUGAUCUCCCCCAGCCAAUUCUCAGGAACCUUGAUGAGAAGCUACCAGCUUCAUCCAUUGAAUCCAUGAGAGAGAUGGAGCCCGCUGAGAUCGGUCAACUUGUUCACAACCAUAAGAUGGGAGGGGUUUUGACUAAACUUCUAAACAAUUUCCCUACUCUGAGUGUCGAGACCGAAAUUGCACCCCUCAACAGAGACGUUCUUCGCAUCCGCCUCUCAAUUUAUCCAGAGUUCACAUGGAAUGAUCGUCAUCAUGGUGCCUCCGAGUCGUUCUGGGUCUGGGUUGAAAAUUCUGAAACUUCUGAGAUCUAUCAUCAUGAAUACUUCAUCCUGAGCCGCAGGAAGCUUUACGAUGACCACGAGCUCAACUUCACAAUCCCAUUGUCUGAUCCGUUACCGAGUCAGAUUUAUGUGCGAAUCAUUUCCGACAGAUGGCUUGGCGCAGAAACCGUCAGCCCGAUUUCCUUCAAACAUCUCAUUCGUCCUGAUACUGAGAGUUUUUACACAGACCUGCAGAACCUUCAGCCAUUGCCUAUCUCGGCUCUUAAGAACCCCCUGUUGGAAGAGCUGUACGCGCAACGCUUUCAAUUCUUUAAUCCUAUGCAAACUCAAAUCUUCCACUUGCUUUAUCACACAUCGGCCAAUGUCCUCCUGGGAUCUCCCACUGGUAGUGGAAAGACGGUCGCAGCUGAAUUGGCGAUGUGGUGGGCUUUCCGUGAGAAACCUGGCUCCAAGGUGGUCUACAUUGCUCCGAUGAAGGCACUUGUCCGGGAACGUGUGCAAGAUUGGCGCAAGCGUCUGACAGGUCCCAUGGGAAUGAAACUUGUUGAGCUUACUGGUGAUAAUACACCUGACACGAGAACGAUUCGCGAUGCCGACAUAAUCAUCACUACGCCUGAAAAGUGGGAUGGUAUCUCUCGUAGCUGGCAGACCAGAGACUACGUCCGAAAGGUGAGUCUUGUCAUUAUUGAUGAGAUUCACCUUCUGGGUGGUGAUCGUGGACCUAUUCUGGAAAUCAUUGUGUCCCGAAUGAACUAUAUUGCUUCUCAAUCAAAGGGUUCCGUGCGACUGAUGGGUAUGUCCACUGCCUGUGCGAAUGCUAGCGACCUUGGGAACUGGCUUGGUGUGAAGGAGGGCUUGUUCAACUUCCGUCACUCCGUUCGUCCGGUUCCUCUUGAGAUCUUUAUCGAUGGCUUCCCGGAACAGCGUGGCUUUUGCCCUUUGAUGCAGUCAAUGAACCGUCCAACUUUCCUUGCUAUCAAGAAUCAUUCACCCGAGAAGCCAGUAAUUGUCUUCGUUGCAUCUCGCCGACAAACCCGCUUGACCGCCAAAGACUUGAUCAACUAUUGCGGUAUGGAAGACAAUCCCCGCCGAUUCGUUCGUAUGUCCGAGGACGAUCUGGAUCUGAACCUUGCUCGGGUCAAGGAUGACGCUCUACGAGAAGCCCUCAGCUUCGGAAUCGGUUUGCAUCAUGCCGGUCUAGUGGAGUCAGACCGACAGCUAUCCGAAGAGCUGUUCGCAAACAAUAAGAUCCAGAUUCUUGUCGCCACCAGUACCUUGGCCUGGGGUGUCAACCUUCCCGCUCACCUUGUGGUCGUCAAGGGCACUCAAUUCUUCGAUGCUAAAAUCGAAGGUUACAGGGAUAUGGAUUUGACUGAUGUUCUGCAGAUGCUCGGUCGUGCCGGACGUCCCCAGUUCGAUACGUCCGGUAUCGCCAGAAUUUUUACUCAAGAUUCAAAGAAGGCGUUCUACAAGCAUUUCCUCCACACUGGCUUCCCCGUGGAGUCAACCUUACACAAGGUCCUAGAUAACCAUUUGGGUGCCGAAGUCUCUUCUGGAACAAUCACCACGAAGCAAGACGCCCUUGACUACCUGACUUGGACAUUCUUUUUCCGCCGUCUCCACAAGAAUCCGUCUUACUAUGGACUUGAAAUUUCAGCAGAAGAACAAAGCACGAUGGCUGCCCAGACAAUCGCCCAGGACUUCAUGGUGGACUUGGUUGAUAAGUCUCUAGAUGAUCUGGCACAGUCGUCUUGUGUUCUCGUGGACUCUGCCACUGGUGAAGUUGACUCGACCCCAUUCGGCAAGAUCAUGAGUUACUACUACUUGUCGCACAAGACUAUCCGACACCUGGUGUCUCAUGCCAAACCAGAUCCUACUUUCCAAGAUGUGCUCAGCUGGAUGUGUUCUGCCACAGAAUUUGACGAACUCCCAGUUCGCCACAAUGAGGACCUCAUCAACGCCGAGCUUGCGCAAAAUCUGCCUUUGUCCAUCGAAGCUAUGGGUGAUCUCCCGAUGUGGGAUCCCCACGUGAAAGCUUUCCUGCUCUUACAAGCAUACAUGUCGCGGAUCGAUCUACCCAUUUCAGAUUACGUGGGUGACCAAACCUCGGUCUUGGAUCAAGGAAUUCGUGUUCUUCAAGCAUCUAUUGACGUGAUGGCCGAGCUUGGUUUUGUUCCUGCAUGUCAAAUGCUGAUGACUCUGCUGCAAUGCAUCAAGUCAGCGCGCUGGCCAGAAGAUCAUCCACUAUCGAUUCUGCCAGGAAUCCCCGUCGAGAAGCCACCACGCGGUCUUCCGUCUAAUCUGGUUGCCCUAUCAUCGCAGCCAGUGUCCUCGGUGGUUGGAAUGGUUAAGAAUCUAUCCCUUUCUUCUCAAUUCUCUCGUGUGGCUUCCCUCUUGCCACAUAUUUCGAUUUCGGUCGCUGGCAUGUCAGCCAAGGGGUUGGCCGUAUCUGUCACUCGAAAGAAUCCCCAUACACACUCUGAGUAUAGAAUUCACGCUCCUCGGUUCCCGAAGCCGCAGACCGAGGGAUACUUCUUGAUUGUUUGUGUUGCCCGGCCUGAUGGUACUGACGGAGACCUUCUCGGCUUGAAGCGCGUAUCAUGGCCGCCUGCGUCCAAACUCAACAAUGGUAAGGGCCGUAUUGGAGCUGGUCCCAGUCGCAGUGGUCCAAACGGCAAGGAAAAGACUGGCGGUAGCUCGCUCUCUGUCCGUUCCUUGGUUAAAUUCCCUCCUGCCGCCCUCGCCGACUCAUCUUCUGCUACGACAGCCGGUACUGCCCGUGUCAAUGUCAAGCUCAUCAGCGAUUCAUACAUCGGCAUGCAAUGGGUGUUGUCAAAUGUCGAACUUGACGUGGGGUCUACCGAUGGGACUCAGACCAUUGAGCCAUCCAGUGUGCCUCUCAAGGGUUGA